ACACAGCGGUCUAACGCAGAGUGGCAGUUACACUCAACUGGUCUGUUCCGAUAUCAACUGAGCACCCUGUGUUUUCACUCUGACUGUUCCAGCACUAUGGGGGAGUCCAUACCCAACAGUGAAUCUGACCUGGAACUGUACCAGACUAAAUUUGACCCCAAAACCUACCUGGGGUACUGUUACCAGUUCGCUGAGACCUCAGGGCAAAAGGACAACAGCCGGUUUGUGACAUUCGUGCUGUGUCAGCUUAGCAAGACCUUUUCAACCGGGAAGUUCAGGGGUCAACGUCUGAUCGAGGUUGGCACGGGACCGACCAUCCACACUCUGAUCAGUGCGUGUGAGUACUUUGAGGAGAUCGUGGUGUCCGACUACGUGGACAGCAACCGGGAGGAGAUUGAGAGGUGGCUGACAGCCAAGGACGGCUGCUUUGACUGGAACGCACACAUCCAGUUUGUUUGCGACCUGGAGGGGAAACGGACGCCUGCUGUCGUGUCGGAGACCAUUCGACAGAGGGUCAAACAGGUCCUGAAAUGUGACAUCUGUCUGGAGAAGCCGUUUGCUCCGGUGACGGUGGAGCCAGCUGAUUGCGUGGUGUCGUCCCUGUGCCUGGAGGCCGCCUGCAAGGACCGGGACUCCUACCGGCGCUCGUUGAGGGCCAUGGUGGGCCUGCUGGGGCCCCGCGGGGUCCUGGUGCUGAUCGGGGACCUGGAUGAGACCUUCUACACGGUGGGGGAGCAGAAGUUCCUGUGCGUGAGUCUCAGCCAGGAGUUCAUCCAGGAGACCCUGUCAGAGCUGGGGCUCACCGUGCUGGAGUUCACCCUGCAGCAGGCGCAGGACCGGAACCAGAACCACAAGUGUGACUACGAGGCCUCCUUCCACCUCAUCGCCCGGAAGAACGUGUGAACGGCAAUAAUACAAUUUGUACCCACUGUAAACUGUAGUUUCUUGACAGUCUGGGGCUCUUGUUAGACAAUUUCUCUAUUUAAUGAAAUUAUAUGUAUAUGUUGACUUUGUACCUUUUGAGAACUACUGUCAAGACAUAAUAGUUUUUUUAUUCCUUUAGUUAAAUGACUGUGCAGUGACGGAGUAGUACCCUCUUUGAUUAGCAACAUAUUUACAUUUACAUUUAGUCAUUUAGCAGACGCUCUUAUCCAGAGCGACUUACAGUAAGUACAGGGACAUUCCCCCUAGGCAAGUAGGGUGAAGUGCCUUGCCCAAGGACACAACGUCAGUUGGCAUGACCGGGAAUCAAACUGGCAACCUUCGGAUUACUAGCCCGAUUCCCUCACUGCUCAGCCAACUGACUCCCUCCCUCUGAUAUUAGGACAUGCGUUUAUGAUUGUGAGGUUGAUGUUUUGUUUUUUUACAGUCGACUGGCACACUAUUACUGAUGUCCUUCAUCUCAUCCAAAUGUAUUAAACGUUUUACUAUUAGUGUAAAAUAAAUUUUUUCCUAUGAUUUUCUGUGUAUUUUUUUCCAGCUCCAUAUACUUUUUGUCUUUGCAUGGCAUCAGGUCAUUCAGUGUCCACAUCUCAGUCAUUUGUUUUGUGUUUUGUCUACGGAAUAUUUGACACAUUCUCAAAUAAAA